CGGAAAGGAAGAAUAAGUUUGAUAGUAUUAAUAAACCCAAUAAAUGGAACAGACCAAAACAAACUCCGACUUCUAACAAGGAUCAACCAGAACCUCAGCAGGGCUCUUCGAAGGGGAGAACAGCGUGGACAUGCAUCUUUUGCAAAGGUGAUCAUUACAAUGAUAAGUGCUCUGAAGCUACUACCUUAGCAGAAAGAAAGAAACGACUUGGAAAGAAAUGCUUCAUGUGUUUGAAGUUAGGCCACUUUAUAAAAGACUGCAAGAACAAACGUAAGUGUAGCAUUUGCUGUAGUGAGACACCGCAUAACAGAGCUUUAUGCCAUUUAAAUUUUCAGAAGAAUACUGCAAUGAAGAAACAGUCCUGACGGUUCUAGGAAAGGGAUUCACUACUCUUCAAACUUCUGUUGUUAGGGCUAACCCCCUAGAUGAUAAAAAUAAACAAUAUAAAUAUAGACUUCUUUUAGAUCCAGGCUCUCAGCGCUCCUAUGUCACAUUUCAAACUGCCAAGGAAUUGAAGCUUCCCAUUGAAGAGGAAAGUCAUUUAACUAUAUUUACCUUCGGUGAAGAUCCUCCUAAAGAAAUACAUAGUCCAAUAGUUACUUUACAAUUGCUGUCAAGGACAAAUAAGAAGAUAGUUAUACAAGCCAACUGCGUUGAACGUAUUUCAAGAGGAUACAUACCCACUGUCAAGUUGAAGGACUUACCGGAGUCAUAUAUACUAGCGGAUGACGGCUCGCUAAGCGGACAGGUGCAGAUUCUGGUUGGAAACGAGUACUACUUCAACCUAAUUUACGAGAAGAAAAUACAAUUGGGUAGUAACCUGUUCCUGGUCGAUUCUGCCCUUGGUUGGAUAAUAAGUGGUAGAACAGAACCACAGCUUAGUGACGAGCCCUAUGUAGUGACUUACGCUCAGACUUGUAUAGAAACGAAGCUUCAUCAACCUGACCCACCCCUUUGUGAUGGAGACAUAAAGAGCCUCUGGGAACUAGAAUGUAUAGGUAUUAGUGAUUCACCGAAAGCAACUAGAGAAGAAGAAGCAAUCAAGUAUUUUAAUAAUACCACUCUAAAAUUAAAUAAUCGUUACACGGUAAGCUGGCCGUGGAUAACUUACCCACCGGACUUACCCAAUAAUUAUGGAAUGGCUUUUGGUCGCUUAUCAAGCUUAUUGAAGCGUAUGGAUCAAGGCACGUUGUUAUCAUACGAUGAUACGUUUAAACAACAAUUAGAUAAGGGUAUAAUAGAAGUUGUACUUGCUUCAAGAACGUCAACGGAUAACGUAGUUCACUACCUACCCUUCCAUGGAGUAUGCCAUCGAGGGAAACCUAUGAGAAUAGUUUAUGAUGCUAGCUCCAAGAGCAGCAAAGACACCAAGAGUCUGAACGAAUGUUUAUACAGAGGACCACUCAUGUUAGAAGACCUCACAGGUUUACUCAUUAAAUUUAGAACUCAUCAGAUAGGACUAACCUCGGAUAUUGAAAAGGCGUUCUUACAGAUGGCGUUACACGAAAAGGAUCGUGACGUAACCAGAUUCCUGUGGCUCAAAGAUACCUCUAAACCGAUAUCUCAAGACAACCUAUUACACCUUAGGUUUUGUAGAGUUCCAUUUGGCGUCAUUUCGUCACCGUUUUUGCUAAAUGCAACAAUCAAACACCACCUGUCUAGUGCGGAACAUCAACAAGUCAGACUAAAAGCAAAUGACAUAUAUGUGGACAACUUUGUUUCGGGUUCCAGCACUACAGAUGAAGCGAUGGAGCUCUACAGAAAUCUAAAAGGAUCUUUUCAAGAUAUUUCAAUGUCACUCAGGGAUUGGAGCUCAAAUUCUCGAGAAUUUAUGAAGAAAGUUUCUGAUACAUGUAAAGAAGAUAAAGUAAAGGUACUUGGUUUAGAAUGGGACAUUAAGAAAGAUACUCUUCAGUUGAAACCUAACUUGCAAGAGGAAGCAGUCACAAAAAGAGGAAUACUGAAGACUAUUGCAUCAAUCUAUGAUCCAUGUGGUUAUGCCGUGCCCUAUACUCUAUCAUCUAAACUCUUUCUACAAGGACUCUGGAAGGCUGGAGUGUCGUGGGACUCGCCAUUGUCAAGCGAACUAACAGAAGAGUGGAACGUCAUCAGACAGAACUUAGAAGCCAUUAGGGAAGUGUCAGUGAACAGAUGCUACAUGAAGACACCAGUGGGAAAAGGCUACCAACUACACUGUUUCACUGACGCCUCCCUACAGGCUUAUGCAGCAUCAGUCUUUUUAGUUUGCGGCUCGGGGAAAAGCUUCAUCAUUGGUAAAUCCCGUUUAAUACCAAGUAAAGAUCAGGAGAGUCUCAAGAUACCCCGUCUUGAACUAUUAGGAGUACUGAUUGGCAGUAGAUUGAUAAAGUUCGUUCUUAAAUUCUUCCAGCAGAAGAUAGCAAGGCAAGUCUUGUGGACCGACAGCCAGAUAGUCAUAGAAUGGUGUAAAUCUGACAAACUAUUACCACCUUUCGUUGCCAGGAGGAUAGAAGAGAUCAGAACAAAUAAAGAUCUGGAAAUCAGAUACCUUCCAACAGACCUAAAUCCAGCAGACGUAGGCACCAGACCCACCUGUUCGAGAGAGGACGGGGAGAAAUGGCUGAGUGGUCCACAAUUUAUAGUAGAAGAUCCGAAGACGUGGCCAACUACAUCCGGCAGUGGACCCACCAGUUCUCUCUUGACUGGGGAGGGUCUUGGGAUCCAAGAAGAUGAAGAACUGAUGGAAAUAGAUGAUCCAGAUAUACCUAAUGUUAACCCGGUGGAAACGGAAGAUGGCACAACUGCAAAAGAGAUAAUAAAUCAAGAGAAUGGUCAGAUGCCAGACAAUAAGUUUCAAAAAUUGAAAGAAAUUCAAGCAGAGUAUUUUCCUCUAGAAGUAGAGGGAAAAGUAACUAGUUUAAGUUUGAAUUUAGGCAUAUUUAAAGAUAUAGAUGAGUUACUGAGGUGCAAAGGUCGUAUGAAACACACAAACUGGUCAUUUGACAAACGCUAUCCUAUACUUAUUCCAAAAAAUUCAGAUUUCACCAACGAAAUUAUAAUAAAGACUCAUCAAGAAAAUAAACAUGUUGGAGUGAGUCACACGUUAGACAAGAUAAGGGAAACAUACUGGAUUCCACAAGGAAGAAGCCAAGUUCAAAGGAUCCUGAAGAAAUGCCCUGAAUGUAUGAGACAUGACGGAGGGCCAUAUAGACUACCGGAAACUCCUGCUUUACCGAAAGAGAGAGUCAACUAUAGUUCUCCAUUUACAUACGUUGGUACCGACUACCUGGGACCACUUCUAGUUAACAAUGGGAAUGGCAAUUGCAAAAGGUGGAUUAGCCUUUAUACAUGUUUGGCUGUAAGAGCCAUUCACCUAGAAGUUGUAAAGGACCUAACAGCGGAAGAAGGUUUAUUGGCCUUACGCAGGAUGAUUUCAACAAGAGGAGUGCCUAUCUUGAUAACGUCUGACAACGCAGCUCACUUUAAGUUACUCUCGGAGAUUCUUCAGAAUCCAUACUGCGUAGAUAAAGAAAUAAAAUGGAAAUUUAUACCACAGUUAGCACCAUGGCAUGGAGGAUUCUACGAGAGAUUAGUCGGAUUGGUUAAGAACUGUAUGAAGAAAACUUUACAGAAACAUUUAUUGAAUGACAGCCAGCUGGUUACAGUGGUUAAAGAAAUAGAAGCGGUUCUUAACACAAGACCUUUAACUUACGUGGACUCGGAGCCUGAUCAUGUAUUAAAACCUUCAGACUUUCUUACCAUGGGAAAAUGUAUCAUUAUGGAAACGUCAGGAAAGGAUCCUACUACGUCACAAGGAACGGUGACUAAAGACAAUUUAAUUAAAGGUUGGAAGAAAGCACAGAUAAUUCUAAGAGAAUUUAAAGAGAUGUUCGAGAACCGGUAUCUCCUAAAUUUGAGAGAAAGAUAUUCCCACCAUCCUAAAGAACCUAGGGUAAUAUCCAAGUUGGCUCCAAAGAUAGGUCAAAUCGUGCAGAUCAAAGGUGACACGAAGAACAGAGUCAAUUGGAAAGUUGGGAAAAUAGUAUCUUUAAGAAAAGGCGCCGACGGUUUAUGUAGGGUUGCCACGGUACGAGUAGGAGAUACAGAGUAUACAAGAUCUAUCGCGCAUCUCUACCCGUUAGAGAUCGAAGAUGGAGAAGAACAGUGUAAACAAACAUCAUCUUACGACGAAAGCGCAGAAGAACCUCUGCAACUUCCUAAUCUACCCCGUUCGUCACGCAGAGAUGACAUGACGGUGGAUUCCGUCAACGAUGUUGCCGAAUCCGAGUCUCUUUCUGAGCAAAGAUGCACGCAAGCAGUCAGAGAUAAGCCAGAAGAAGAAGUACAACCUUAUGCCUCGCCAGUAGAGGGAAGGAGUUCCUCUCAACGAAUCCUAGAGCCUAUGUAUAGUGAGUCAAACGAGCCUAAGCCUAAGUCUAUGUCCGAACCAGAACCGUUCGCGGUCGUCGACCUCGAAUCUUACGAGCACACUAAGCCAGAAUCACACAACCUGGAGGAGGUUACGCUAGGCAACGAGUCAAGACCUAAGAGAGCCGCAGCUCUUCGAGCCCUUGAGAAGAUCAAAGAAUGGACCAGCAAUCUAGUCGCCCUAUUCCUGCCUGUGUUGGGGAGUGUCGCGACGGACGCGAAAAUCCGAUGCCACAAUACUAAUUCACCUGCGGCAACACCGAACAGCGCCCUCUAUGUGGAACUGUGAUCUCGGGUGUCAUACAUUCAGCCGCCUUAAGAUAAGCGAAGCAGAUUAAGGCUCCUCUGGCCCAGGAGUUGAGGUGCAGAGAGAGUGAGGAUGAAGAGUCCCUUAUGGGAUAUGAAGGUAUGUAUGCGAUGCAUUCUAUUUCCCAAUUAGAUCCCCCCAUAUAAUAAGCAUAUAUAUAUAAGUUGCCGCCUUUCCCCUCUUUACGGUCUCAUUUAUAUACCGUAGGCGGCUAGGGGAGAGGC